AUAUCAAUCAUCAAGAUAAUAUAUACUCUAAAAUCCAACUUUUCAAACCUCCCACAUCUCAUAUUCUCUUCUCUCACUAGACACAAUUAUUUUUCAAUCUCUCUCCCCCAUCAAUAAUGGAAGAAGAAGAAGGCAAGUUUCUUCACAUAGUGAUGUUUCCAUGGCUAGCAAUAGGUCAUAUUCGGCCAUUCUUUCGUUUAUCCGAAUGCUUAGCUCGAAAAGGCCAUCGAAUUUCCUUCAUUUCAACGCCAAGAAACCUUCAAAGAAUCGUCAAAGUACCUCGAGAACUAUCCCAUCUCAUAAAUCUAAUCGCCUUUCCUUUGCCGGAAGUCGAAAACUUGCCUCCGAAUGCAGAGUCGUCGAUGGACGUACCUCAUGUAAAACAGCAGUUGUUGAAAGUGGCGCUCGAUUUGCUCCAGCCAUGUGUACGUUCUUUUCUUGAGAGAGCAAGGCCGAAACCCGAUUGGAUUGUGUACGAUUACGCUUCUCAUUGGCUACCGCCGCUGGCCGAAGAAUUCGGCAUCUCGAGGGGGUAUUUUAGUCUUUUCACUGCUGCUUUCAUGUCGUUCUUAGGGCCGACGGAUGCUCUGAUAUUCGGCGAAAAAUACGGCAGGUUGACUGCGGAGGACUAUACCGUCGUGCCGGAGUGGGUCCCGUUUCCGAGCGACGUGGCUUUUCGUCUUCAUGAAAUGACCAAGAACAUGGAAAAAGAUGCAGAGGGCAAUGAAUAUGACUCGGGCACAUCGGAUUCCAUACGCUUCGGCCUCUCUAUAAACGGUAGCGAAAUCGUGAUCUUCAGAUCCUACGUCGAGUUCGAACCGGAGUGGUUCGAUCUAAUUCAACAACUCUACCAAAAACCAAUAAUCCCAAUAGGCGUUUUGCCGAUAGAAGAUGACGAGAGAGAAGACGAAUUCGAUAAUGACGACACAGAGUGGCCGACUAUCAAAGAAUGGUUAGACUCACAAAAACAGAAUUCAAUAGUGUACGUUGCACUCGGAACCGAAGCUACGUUGUCACAAAAAGAGGCUCACGAAUUAGCCCUCGGUUUGGAGCAAAGCGGCCUACCUUUCUUUUGGGUACUAAACAGAAACCAUCUAUCGGAAAUGCUCCCGCACGGGUUUAUCGAGAGAGUUAAAAACAGGGGAAUGGUUUACACAAAGUGGGCCCCACAGAUCAAGAUACUUAGCCAUUCUGCAGUUGGAGGAUUCUUGACUCGUUGUGGAUGGAAUUCGGUAACCGAGGCGUUAGGGUUCGGACGAGUUUUGAUAUUAUUUCCGAUUAUGAACGAUCAAGGUUUAAAUGCUAGGCUUUUGCACGACAAGAAAGUGGGAAUAGAAAUACCGAGAAACGAGAAAGACGGAUCUUUCACGAGCGAAUCGGUGGCUAAGACUGUGAAAUUGGCGUUGGUUAGCGAAGAUGGGAGAGAAGUGAGAGAGAACGCGUUAAAAAUGAAAGAUUUGUUCGGAGAUAAGAGUAGAAACAACUCUUGCAUCGAUAGUUUAGUUCGUCAAAUGGUACAAACGAGAGCGAGAGGCUUCAUCAAGGAAAUUAGAAACGAUGUGUAGUUCCAAAAAAAGGGCUUUCGAACUAGUAGAAUUUAUUUUGCAAUGAACGAACCGACAAGUGGCAACUACAAUGGUUGUUCCUAGUUACUGUC